GCUGGCGCUCGUGUCUGUCGAUGACAACGCCGGUGGAUGGACGGCAGUCCACUGCUACGGCCUCAGUCUCGAGCCUUGCCAAGUCCCAGAGCGUCAGAAGUCAUAGAGGUCUCACCCCGUCAUCUACUAUCAAGACUGUCGUGACAGUGCCCCCAUGGGCUAGAGACGAACCGCCGUCUCCGCACGAAGAGAUAUCUCUUUCUGUACCCGGCAGUGGUGCUCAAGGCUGGACAUCCGAAUCACGACCGUCAGAUCUCGCGUCCUCUCAUUCCUCCUCUGCCGACCCCUCAAUCGCCGGACCAUCUCGCUGGUGGUCUUUUGCCCGCGCUCGUGUCCAUGACCAUGACAGAGUACAAGAGGAGGCCGAAACCUACUCUCCUAAGACAGAGAAGAGGGGCCUCAAGUUGAAAGACCGCUCAAUGUCAUGGUUGUCGCCUGGUAGCAGGCGAUCCCAGGAUGGCAACUCUCGUUCACCUCGGGAAAAGGACUUUGCGACUCCUAAAGCACCGUCGCCCAAGCCAGAGCUUCAGAUUUCACUACCCCCUCCUACCGCUCCUUUUACCCUUGCGCAGAAUCAGACACCCGGUUGGAAUACUCCCUGGAUGACCCCGCAAAUACCGGAUGGGUCGCUCGGUCCGAGUUUUUACCGGACUGGAAAUGGGCAUGGACAGGACUACAGCGACGACCACGAUGGUACUCAAGUAAAUGGUUCAGCGUGGCAGCGACGCAAGAGAAAAAUACGAAAAUUCCUACUUACCAAUGCAUAUGCUCCUCUGCUUUUCCGGUUCAUCAAUAUCACGUUCACUACUGCCGCACUUGCCGUAGCGAUACGCAUCCGUAUACUAGAAAAACGCAAUAAUAUCAUGGGCGCCGUAGGCGCAUCUCCAACGCUCGUGGUGAUCUUCGCACCACUGACUCUAGUGCAUGUUCUCGUCGCCAUCUACGCGGAAUAUUUCAGUCGCCCAUUAGGUCUCUGGCACACUUCAUCGAAGCUAGCGCACACGCUUCUGGAAGUCGUCUUCAUCUGUGCAUGGUCCGCGGCACUUGCCCUUUGUUUCGAUAAUUUCUUCACCUCCAUCAUUCCUUGCGCGUCGUGGGGGAGUGUAUCAUGGUACAACACCAUUCCCCGACCUCAGAGUCCUGUGCCCGAUCUAGGCAGAAAUGAAGGGGGUGUUGGUGACAGAAUCUGCGAUGGCCAGCUUGCCCUUAUCUGCUUGGUCGGCGUUGGUCUCAUAAUGUACUGCAUUAACCUUGUUAUCAGCCUUUACAGGAUCUUCGAGAAAGUGAAGUACCGCCCUGUUCGUUAGACCUUCCCUCCCUCACGCUCUUUCCGUGCUUUCUGACAAGAUAUUCACGCACGCUUUCUUGCAAUAUUUAUCGUCUUAGUUUCGUUUCUCACUUGCUUGGAGUUGCUGCAUCUGGAGAUAGCUUCAAGCCUUCACAUACACCAUUGUAUUACCAUUGGAUAUCCGAGCAAUAUGCAUACGUAUCUUUUAAUUAACUAC